UCUCUCUAAAAACAUGUCCGCGCCCAGACCCAUGGUGGUUGUGUUGUAAGUUGUAGCCGCCUGGUAUCGAACGUGUACUGCUGCCGCCGCCGCCGCCAACAUGGCCCUCGUGCGUGCUGCUAUCGUCCACUGCGGCGUACUGGCCGCCUGCGUGCUUGCGCAGUUCAACUGGCACGUGAGGGACAACUUCGACGACAUCCGGACGCGCAUCGACAAAGUCCGCGGCGACAACUGUCGGGUGGUGGACGUCAACGAGCUCUUCUUGCCCAACGAAACGGUCACACAUGUGCCCAACAUACAGAGGCUCAACAUCGAUCCGGUCUUCCCCAACCGGACCAAUCUCUUGCAUAUACACAACAUGGCCAUUUCGCGGGCCUUCUUCUUCAGUUUCAUCCUGCAGAAGGCAGCGGACAAUGAUGAGCCUGGCUUCAUGUACUACUUCAUGUCGGUCAUCUCGGACGUGGCAGCCAACCGGUUCAUCAACAGCAGUGCCAUCUACUAUGCACCCAACAUGUCGUUCACCCCUUCAUACAAGGGCUUCUUCAACAAGACCAUGCCCUUGUUUGCACCGAGGGCAUACAGGGCCGAUGACUUCAACGACCCGUACCACCUGGAGGGCACAUCGACGUUGAACACAAUCGAUGCCGUAGACCUGGGUGCCAUUCCUGCAGACACCCCGAGCCGCAACUACUCGAGUGACCAGUACCGCAUCAAUGAGUGGUACCACCACUGGCUGCCAGACCUGACCAAACGCCAGGACUCCAAGACAACGUACACUAUUCAGAUCACCCAUUUCAAUGGCACCAACGAGACGUUUGUGUGGCACGGGCCGCCAGAUCCAUCGGACAAUCCGGGUCCUGUCAAGUGGUCGCGACCAUAUUUUGACUGUGAGCGAUCCAACAAGUGGGUGUACGGUGCCACGUCGCCCAUUCCCGACAUCUUUCCGCGUCACACACAAUGGCGUCACAUUGAAAUCCCCAAGUAUGUGGCGGUGGCCGUGCUAGAGCUGGAUUUUGAGCGGCUAGACAUCAACCAGUGCCCCAUCGGGAGUGGCAACCCCCGUCCCAACUACUUUGCUGGGACAUCCCGCUGCAAGAAUGACACCACCGAGUGUGAACCAGUGCACGGCUAUGGCUUCCGGCGUGGUGGCUACCAGUGUCGGUGUCGGCCUGGCUUCCGGCGUCCCCGGAUUGUGCGCAACCCAUACCAUGGCGAGCUCAUAGAGCGUGCCACGGAGCACGACUACCGCACAGGCUUUCACUGCGAGAAGAUUGGCUACUUGAUGGUGCAGACGCAGAACUUGCUCCGCAUCGCAGAGGAGGACCGCAUUCGCUUCAUUGGCAUGCAGGCCAACCACAUGGCUAUCCUCAACAUCAGCAGUGGUGCCAACAAAGAUCCACGCCUGGUCUUCACCCUCAUGAAGGCGGUGACAGCAUCCAACUGUGCUGAAAUUGGGCGGGAACGGCCCGAGCUGCUCAGGCUGCCUGGUGAUGUGGCACACGGUCGCGACUGGCAUCUGGAGAAUGAGGCACGCUCAGCCGUGCGGUUGGCAAACUUCCUCUCUGGGUUCCUGCAAACCGUGGACCCGAAGGAACUGUUUGCAGAGUUUCGAGUACCCGACCGCUCACUCACACAGGACCAGAUCAUUGGUGAAGCCAUGUCCCUGGUUGCCGGCAACCAACGCAUCCUGGGCUGUGGUGUGUACUUUGACCGGAAGCAGUUUCCCGGGCGGCAUUUAUAUGCACCUUACGCCUAUAGGCGCCAUCGCAACGAGCGGCGCUUCUACGUCGAUGACAUGGCACGCUUCCGUGGUGCUGCCUACCUUCAGGAAGGGUUCUUUUCUCAGCUCAAGACCCGCUGGGCAGCCAACCUCGAUGACCUGGUCACUUACACCACCAAGAUCCGCAUCAGGUACAACUCCACAGGCCACAACCCAAUCAACUACGACCACUAUCCACUUCAGUAUUCUGCAGCUGAGGUGGAGCACGGCUACUGGACCGACCCAUACUUUGAUUGCGGAGGCCUGCAUACCGACUGGGUCAUGGUGUAUGCAUCGCCAUUUUUUGGCUGGGACAGCCUUCACGACCGCAUUGAGUUCAAGGGUGUGGUGGCUGUGACCAUGAUGCUGUCGGAGCUGGACGUCAACCAGUGCCCUGACUAUGACCCAUACACUGAAGAGAACAUCUUCCAGGACACUCACAAGUGCGACCGCCAUUCCUCUAGGUGCGUGCCAAUCUUGGGCCGUGGCUUUGACUCGGGCGGCUACAAGUGCGAGUGCCUGCAGGGUUUUGAAUACCCUUACAACGAUCCCAUCACUUAUUUCGAUGGCCAGAUAGUCGAGGCCGAGUUCGAGAAGGUCAUCGAGGACAACCCUAGCAAGUACGACACGCUCAAGUGCCGCAUUGCAGGGGCGUCUGCAGCGCUCUCGAGUGUAGUGCUGAUCACAGUGGCUGUGGCACUGUUGCGUGCUCUUUUGUGAGUGCUGCCUUGGAUCUCAACUGUGAGAGGAACAGAUGUCGAGAGCACCGAGAUUGUGGUGGUCUUGAGUGAACUGUCUUUGGCUUAGGAAAAUGAUGCGACUGAACAUUACUCUUGGUUGUGUAAAGAAGGUGUGCUUCAGAGUGCAAAGGAGCACAUUGUGCUAGCUGGCUAAAUAUUUUCUUACAGAGGCUGCCUGCUUUGGGAAGGCCAGAGUUCAUAUAGUCUGCGUAGCAUAAUACAGUGAAACCUCGUUAAUACAUGGCAUAUCUACACACUAUACAGUAGUAUGCACUGACCGCAAAGUACAAGUUUGCAUCUCGUUGCAUGCGCUGACACCACUAAGAAAUAUUACCUAAGGUUCCCCACUACACUGCCUUCUCUUUUUGUCAAAGUUCAGAUCCCGGCUCUCGUACGGCAGUUCUAUCGAGCGACUGUCCGACCCUGCGUGGUGGCGACACCAAGGAGCAAUUGGUAACUAUCAGAUGGACACCCCUAUUGGUCUUCUGCGAUACACCAUGAUCUGCUUCUGUGCGAAAAAUGUUCACUGAAAUGCACUACCGCCGUGUGGAGCCCAUAGUAACUGGCGAGCUGCAUGCAGUGCCUGGACAUGGCUAUACCGUAUGCAUGGUGCUUCUUCGUACCGCUUGGCUCCAGGCUAUGCAUGGGUGAAACGACGAGCUUCCUGCAAGCGGCAAACUCUCCACGAUGCUCUAGGGGUCUUGCACGAAAAGGCUGCAGCAUACACUGUGUGCUGCUGCUUAAUGAAAUUGUGAAGUACACUUGCAAUAGUGCUACACUUGGUUUACUGUACACAGGUGAGUGAUAGUGCAGUGAGGUUUCCCAGUGCAUUUGAAAAUGAUUCCCUAAUAAAGGCUUGUGGUACGCUUAGAAUAGUGCUAUGCCACAUGCACAAACGAGCAGUGAGCUGAAUAUGAUUAUUGUGACAUGGUGGUCUGCCAUACAGGCGCUCUCGUCGGCGGCCUCGCCUUCUUUCUUUUCGGAUGCUUAUCCGUAAAGGCACCACCGCAGUCGUGUGGAAGUCGGAACCAUUGAUCCACCAGUCCCUGCUGUCACCGAAGACCACUUGCGGCACACUGUGACGUCAGUGACACGAGGGGUGCAGUGAUCUUUUAUGCCACAAAAACUUAUCGCGGUACACGCUGACCGAUAGGCUUAACUCUUUCGUUACCGUGAGAAAAUGGUUAUUUUUCGUAUGUCUCGCGAAGGAAGCUUUUUCCACUUAGAAAUAUAAACAUUGCAGCAUACCAAAUUAUGCAUAAUGAAAUGGUCUUUCCAAAAAAAAAACUAAGCUGUAAAGCAACAAAAAUGUUGCGGAAUGUAUAAAAAUUGGAAAAUCUGCAAUUUUUUGUUGCCAGCUGACAAACAAAGCAAUAAAAAACACUUUAUGUGCAAAAAUGCUCAGAACAAAGAAAAUUUGGAAUAUACAAUUUCAAGAUAAAUUACCCAGGUAUUCAUACUCUAAAAAAUAAUAAAUGUUCUGCACAAUGUUUCUAUUAAAAUAGACAAAAAAAAAUCCAAACCCAGGUGCUGCUUCACUGCUCGUGCAAUGUGGUGAAGCAUUUCCUGGUUUUUCGUGACACAGGUGCACUCGAGCACUUUUCGCGUAAAAUCUUUGUUUUUUGCUGGUGUUCCAGUACAGAUGGAUGCCAGCGAUGUGAAUGACACCUAUAUAAAUCAGAUGUGCAAUAAACUUCACCAGUUCGUCUGGCAUCACCUCUUUCCAUGAGCCACCUCCCUCCGCAUAGGUUGGCAUUUCAAAAUAUGCAUCCAAGCAUAUAUAUUCGUAUUAUUGCAGAUAAUAUUGAGAAAAAAAGAAGAACGAGAUCACGCGCAGUCCUAAAAUGUCUCGCACCGCUCUGUAGUGCGGGGCCGAGAUCUGCUAGGGAGGCCUUCUUGUCGUGAGGAGAAACUUUGCAUCCGGCGCCAGCACAUCGCGCCCCAGCGACGUUUAGCCCUCGCAUGUAACCAGAGUAGCUAUAACAUUGUGCACAAACGUCGGCAGCUAAGCACGUGUGGCAGAGGAGACCACUUGAAACCGUAAAUGAAACCAACUCCUGAACGUCUGUGGAUGUCCCAGGCUGACGCAAAACAUCGUAGCCAUAGGAGCUUGAAGCUGAGGUGCUGUCAUCUUCGGACUCGAAGCUCGUCGUCACUAAAUUUACGUGAAGUUGCAAGAAUGUUUCGAGCGGCGUGCGUUUCUCGUGGCACAGGCACGCACCCAUGCGUGCAUGACGACAACGCCAUAAGAGCGACUAGUGACACGGGAUGCGGCCCUGUGUCUGAUAUAACAAUAGAAGCGAAACCGAAGCUGGAAACUGGCUGAAAAGGCCACGUCCACACAGUAUACAUUCGGCGGACCUUCGGAAAUAAUUUUUGGUAUAAUAAACCAUCCUAGACUACAAACAACAGCUCUCUAGUGAAUAGCUCGCAUAAUUUUCAGGCAAUUAUUACCGCUCAUCACUGUCAGAUUGCGAAGCUGACACCAUAAUUUAAUAUUUUACUUGCAAAAGUUCUAUUGAUUACAGAACUUUGAUGUUACUGAAGAAUAACCCCGAGCGGCACAUUUCUCUCAAGUUCGUCAGCCAAGCACAUUUCCCCAACAACACACGCACAUUGGUUCGCCCAAGGGUCUGUCAAAAAUCACUAUGUUGCCAAAACGGGCAAAUUCAAACUGAUUCUGAAAGUUCAGUGGCUGGACUAACUAGUAGGAGGUGCUAGGUGCAUGAGAAACAGAUUCAACAUGCCAAAAUAGACUAUUUAAAUCAUCGAUCACCGGUGAUCGAUUUGAAUAGGCAUAACGAAAGAGUUAAGACGGGCCAAUACGGUCAGCAAAUACAUUACGUUCUAUGUGACUCGGGCAUUCGUCGCAACUAGUACAUUUAAAGCAGGUACAUACUAACGAGGUUUUACUGUUGAAGCACAGCAGGAGCAAAAGGUAACUUUUCUUGAGUUCAUGCUGUGCACUUAAGCUUCAGUGCUAGCAGCUUUGGCUACAGCCAUUCUCCUAACCAGAGAGGCUUCACUCUAGAAGCUGCUGCAGCAGAGCAGUUGGGUGAGGACAUGCUGUGGAGCACAUUGUCAGCAGAUGAGCGAGUGAAUUAAGGAAAGAACAUAAAUUGGAGACAGCUUGUCAUGCACGUUGCAGAAGAGUGUGAGCAUCUCAGUUUCAGCUUUCUUACACACUCGGAACAUCCUCUGGGCUCAAGAGCUGUCAAUCCAGGAAGAGUGGCACAUUAGGCUCCAGGAAGGAGCAUAAGGCGCAGUGGCUGCCACAUUCAAAUAUAUUCGACUGCGUAGAGUGCAGUGCUGAUCCUCGUGAGUGUGUCACUUGUCAGCAUCAGAUGUUAGAACCAUUGUGCUGUAGCAAAGGGGUGUUCUGCGAGUGACCGCUCACCCGAGGAGUGUUUCGAAGCCUCUUCAGACGAAAGAAACAAAAGGUGGAGUUAAAGGUAUUGGUCUUCAUGGGAACAGUACAAACAGUGGCCUGGCGUGUUCACUUUGCGAUUGCGAAAGGGCAGUUUAUGUCUAGAGCUGGGAACGAAGGCAAAAUAGCUUAAGACACAUCUGUUGCCUUGUGUAGAUAAAGAGGCUUGAAAACAGACCGUCCACUUGCAAUUUUCUGUGUAUGCUUUGUUUGUUUUGGCUUAGGCAAACUCUAAGCUUUUAUAGAUUGUGGAUGUUGUAGUUAUUCUUUGUUUGCAUAUUGCAUCCACAUUGCAUCACGUGUGUUGUACCAUGACGUUGUUGUUCUAGAGCUUGACAGUUACUCUUGUGAUGUAUGUUUUUAAACAGAAAAAGCAGCCGCCAUUGUUACACGGUCAGUCUGUGUUUGUCGGUUUUUCUGUACACCAUAACCUCACGUGUAAAUUAGGUCUCAAAUGUUGAAAGGCAUUUGUGACAGAUUUAUCCCAUUGCCACAUAUCACCUGCCCUACUGUACCUCUUAUUCAUAGCAAGUGCCUUUGAAUGAAAUCCAUAUUGAGUACCAGUGAGGCUGUUUGCAAUAUACAUUCAUUGAGUGGUUUCUAUUGACCAUGUCUCCCUAGCCGUCCAUUUUUAGUUUUUACCUGGUGCGAAAGCCCUACAUCACAUGCAUUUUUUUGCAAGCUCGUUUUGCAAGACACACAAAUAAUUUCUUGUGUGUCUGGUAAUUAUGACUCUUUACCUUACAUUCUAUGCGUAUUAUCAAACCAGCUGCUGAUGCACAUAUGGCCUCGCUCCACCACCUGGGCACUCUUUUUUUCAGUGCACUUGAGUGGGAGUCUUCCAAGGUUUGGUGUAUGCCUCGCACUGUAGUGUUGUGCAUAGUUCAGCCACGGCCGCUACAUAAAAAAAACAGGUGCGGCCUGCCGCGUGGCGCCGGAACGGCGUCUGGGGCCUAGUUCUCCUUGCGCCCGCUCUGGUGCCACCACACUGGUACAGGUGUUCAUGUAGAAGCACCGCGACAGUCGCGUUUGUACGCGCGACACUUACUCCAAUCAGGCCGUAGAUAACGCGUUUUAUAUGCACAUUACAGGUUGAAUAUUGAAGUCGUUAUUAGAAGUGCCGAUUACCCCACAUAUGUGAACAGUUUGCCCUAGGAGUACGAAUGUUUUGUAGAGUGGGCCUCAAUACUCUCCAUGAAUGCUGCCCGUUUGACUUGCCUGAAAUGAAUAGUGCCACUGAAUCACUGAUACCGUUAAUGGGCAGGCAGUCGCUGGGCAGAUUGCAAGGGCUGACAUAUCGGCCCACGGAAACGCACCACGAAAGCAUGCACAAUUUUAUUGUCGGUCCUUUUAGUGCACCAACAAACGACGGGUGCGGUCCAAAGACCGAGUUAGAGCCAAGAGUUGACAACACAAACAAAAUGUAUUCUCAUAUAAGGCAGCACAAGCAUCACACAAACUUGCACACUCGGCAGGUAUCAAUUACAACUCACAGCAUCACUUGGUGUUUAAAACAAGGUGAACAAACUUACCGUGUUACAAGUGCACUCUCAUUCAUUCGAAAGUAUCCAAGAAUACGUAAGGCCUUGAAUAUUCACCAUACGUGUGCAGCCCACAAUUCUUUGAACGUUUCUCGAAUAUUUCUCUUCCAGGAAACAGCUCGAUCACUGUCAUUCGGCGACACUCUUCAAAACAGUGCUCCCACGGCGUCAUCACUCGAUUUUUCAGGAUCGACUGACCGCACUACACGACUCACUCGAACAACAUAACUCUUUGCCGACUUCACCAUCCUGUCCUACCCUCCGUCGUCUCUCGUUUGGAUCCUUCCCAUUUUCGCGAACAUUCCAAGUGAUUGUUCGGCACGUAGCACAGCAACAGCUAUGGGAAAGGGAUUCGUCUCGCCGGUUCGUCUGCGGAAACGGUCGGUUCCACUUUGAUUUCUUGAAUUCUCCCAAUCUGCGCGGGCGUUAGGCUGUCACGACGGCGUCUUCGGUGGAGAGGGUGAGGGAACACCCUGGGCACCUUUUGAUGAAUGUUGUUUUUCGUUGCGAGUGACCGUUGGAGGGAACAAUCGGGCGGUGACUUAUGGUGUCGUCAGGAUGCGGCGGUGCGCGUCUGUUUAAGCGCUCGUUUGUGACAAAAAUAAGUGCUCUGUUACGAAUAUUAUGCUUCCCGACACUGUAGAUCACAUGGGAAUACGUGGUACUUCACGGUAGCGUCUUUUCACGCGUUCGAGUUGCACAGCUACACACAACAGCUUCGCGGCAUCACACCGCUAGAAAAAAAGACGUCUGCCACACACGCGCGCACCAAAAAACCGUACUCAGGCGCUGGAAACAUGAGGCAAGCUGCCCACACGUGCAGUCACACACAAGAAAGACACGAGAAAGCACACGAAAAAGCACACGGACACGCAUAAAUCCUGAGGCGACCACACAGUAACACGAACCGGCGUCUGCCUUGGGUACUGUACUAGUGGCGCCCUCACCCAAAACAGCUGCCGCUACUGUCAACUCAGCCGACCCGCAUUUGCCCAUUGACGGCGACGCGACGCAGGAGGCCGCACAUGUUUUUUUUUAGGGGUGUGCGAAUAUCAAAUUUUUCGAAUACGAAUCGAAUAUGAAUAUCCACCUUUGAAUAUCGAAUCGAAUAUAAAAAAAAAAUGCCUCCACAUUAACAAUAUUUUAUUUAGCAUGUAGCUAUUUGAAAAAAAAAAACAUUAACAGCCUGACUGGCAACACAACAUACACUGCUAUCUCCAGAACACAAUGUCCAGGCUAGCACAAUGCACAUCACAACGCAAGCAAAUAUCACGGCACAAUGAAAGUAAUGACUAGAUGUUAUCAUGAAGAAAUAUGAGUUGCUCCACAUGAUCAGGCAGCAGGCGCUCCCUUCUAACAGACCCCCCCCCCCCCCCGUCCCCCUGCCACUGAAAAGGCACGCUCGCUUGGAACAGAAUAGGGAGUGACAUGGGGCAAAGCUUUGCCAGACUGGGGUAUCUGAAGGUGCCUACAGUCCGCCACCAGUCACAUGGGUCACUGUCUUUCUUCAGAAGUGGUCCCGCAUAGUGAACGAGUGGUAGUGCGGCACGUUACGGCCGCAUAAUAUUGAAAAUGUACGGUUACAUGAUCGCCAACAGCGCUGCACAUCGGAGAUGCACCAGCAAUAAAUCAUACGUAUUGGGGCGCUCGUCGCAGGCAGAUAUCGUGCCUCCCUGUACUUACGAUGUUUAUCGCUCCUCUCGGCAACGUUUUUAGCUAUAUGAAUGCAGCAGAAAUGUGGAAGACGAGUUAUUUUAUGCAUGAUAAUCGAAUCGCAUAUUCGAAUUUUUCGAAUAUUCGAAACGUUUCGAAUACACGAUUUUCGAAUCGAAUACGAAUAUUUCGAAUGUAAUAUUCGACGAAUAUUCGAAACUUAUUCGCACACCCCUAGUUUUUUUAUGUAGCGGCCGUGGUUCAGCUUUGGGACAUGUCAAUCAUUAUUCUGCCUGGAAGAACGGGAGCAUUGCCACCAACAUUUAACUAUGAGACAGCAGCAAAAUGUGAUUACCAUGUGGUAUUGAACUGAGCUGUUGUUUUACCUUCUUAUGAUCGGUCUUCCUUUUUCUUGGUCAAGAUCAUUGUCACAAAGUGAAGUUAGUUGCUCUUGCACUUGUAAAAAACUGCACCGCACAGAAGUGUUCAGGUUUUCUCCACUUUUGAGGAUAACUUUUCUGCAGUGGCAAAAGGACUUUCAUUGCGUCUCUCUCAAGGGUGCCUGCCCCAUUACCAAACUUAGUCAAAGGAAACAAACAACACACUGUGUUUACAAUGCUCCUGCACUUUGUUCUGCUAAAUUAGUUAUGCAUAACCAGCUAACCCAAACUGCCACUGCACAUCUCCAAAGCACGGAAUGAAAGCUUCCAAUUCAGUAAUGCGUAUCAACUCGGCAAAGAUGAGGCUACAUCAUGAGACUUUGUCUUAGUAAGCUACAAAACCUUAAUAAUAAAUGCUGGGAUUUUACAUCCUAUACCACGAUAUUAUUAUGAGAGGUGCCAUAGUGCGGGUCUCUCCCCAGAUUUCUGGGUAGCACCUCAUUUCAACCACCUGGGGUUCUUAAACGUGCACCUAGAUCUAAGUACACGGUAGUUCUUUGCAUUUUGCCCGCAUUUAAACGCGGCUGAGAAUGGAACAGGCACCCUCGAGCUUGGCUACCACGAUGGGUAAGCUAAGCUGUAAAAUCUCGGAGAUGCUUUAUUGUAGCGCUUAAUGCUCUUGAAUUCAAUAAAGCAUUCUGUCAGAGGGUUAUGAGGUGGCCCAGCAUUCAGUUAAUGCUAAAAUUGUACAUUGAGGCCUUCCAAUUUCUUUAUUUCAGUCUUUCAUUGCUGUAAGCUAAGUUGAGUGAUGGAAGCAGGGGCAUACUUGACAUUUUGGAUCAGGCAGGCAUCACACCCAGAGCAGGCAUUUUCAUCAACAAACAUUCGUCUGUGUUUGAAGCAUUCACAUAGCAAAAGCGUCUUGCCCAUGGCAUCGAUCGCAAAGGUGCUUGUGAUUGUUUCCCACAGCAAUCUUUUUCAAGAUUGGAGCCAGACUUGAUUCAAAUCCUUUGUUCCUGGAUGUCUUUGAGACGAAAUGCGCCAAAUCAUUAAAACAUGUAGUUGUAAAACCACAUUUCGCGAGACAGCACUUGGCUGCACGGCUGUCUGCGCACUGAUACACAAGGCAUGCAGGGGUCGAAAUGUGUGAUCCGGCCACUUCGCUGUUGAGAGUCCCCAGACUUCUGGGUAGCACCUCAUAUUGUCUCCCUAGCGCAAUUCUGUUCAUACUUUGCUCGUGUGCAAGAAAUAUGUGAUAUGUGCUUUUUUUAGAUGCGCAUCAUUUUUUUCUUUUAGUAUGGCAGAGGUGUAGUUUGCCUGUCUAGCUUGAUGUAUAUUCAUAUUAGUGUCCCAGUGCAAAAUAAAUACGAACAAGUAAGGACACAGGACUACCACUGACUGCUUUGUUUUAUUGUGAAAACGCGCCCUCAAAUGGGGCACUUGGGAUGUGGGGUUACUGCGAGAAUUUACAGUGUCCAGUGACAAAACUUCGUGAGUGAAAAUCACAACCUUGUGUAUUGCCUCAGCAUGCAGACAGCCUGAAGCCAAGACGAGACAGCCAUUUGGCCACCCGCCGCAUAGAAUGUGGCUGCCUCCGGAUUUUUAAGAAAUGCGGAUUUUGCGCAGAUGCAAAGAUGGGAUUGCACACGAGGUGUUUAAAGCCUUCACAAUGAAUUGUAAGGGUACGGCAUGUGUUUGCACACCUUGGAUAAAUCUAACACGGGAGGCUUUGUGGCUAUUCUUAUUUAACUCGACAAGUUUUGUCACUGCAUGCAUGCAAGUUCGGAUAAUUUCCCCUCUCUCCCUUAGUGUCUGUACAGGGUGCUUUGUCCUUAAUUGUCCACGUUAGGUAACUUAUGGCCAUGUACGUAUGUACCCAGGGGCUCACAUUCAGGUGCUGCCCGUUAAUAAGACCUCCCUGCAUUCCUGAUGACACCAGGUAACAAAAUCGGCAAGAUAAGCUGGUCAGGCCAUACCACUUUCACUCGGUGCAUCGCACUUGUGCAAGGACGUAGUUUAGGUGCGAAUCUACUCCAGCCACACUGCUUGAAUAAUUCUGAAACAUUGUCUACUCUUGUGCACUCGUGGUGGUGUUUAUGCUGUCUGGCUUUUUUUUUUUUUUUUUCCCUGUCUUGCUUUCACUUGGGAAUACUUUGUGUUGGGUAGCACUCUUUGGCUUGGAGACAUAGUGACUGAAUGUGACAAGAAUGGAAUGGUUUGUAGACAAUAAUAUGUCCCAUUUGGCAGUGUUUUGUAGGUCCUCAAGCACAUUGUGCAGCCAAGGUUGAUAUCACCUGAAGAAGCAUUCUCUGCUUAGCUCUAAAGUCACACCCAAUGUCUGCAUUAGGUGUCACUUUGCACACAGGAUUGUAAUUCUGGCCUCAUGCAUUCAGUCCAUUUCUAUUUAAAAUUGUGAAAAUAAUUGUGCUGCUGUUACUUGGUUUUGGUCAUUGAUUGACAAAGGGUCUCAAUCUUUGCCACAUUAUCCACAGACUGUAGCUCUAUUUUCUUCUUACAUUUGGAGAUGCAACGGAUGUUAUGCUGACAGCAGUUUCUGCAGUGGCUGUAAAUAUUUGCACAGUUUAGCUUGUUCCCUUACUCUCUCAUGAUCCUUCAGAUAUGUUAUUCUCUAUAUUCUCUAAACAUUGAAAUACCACUUGAAUAAACGUCGGUUAAACAAACUUUUUUAAAUCCCCCGUGGAAGCAUCCCAUGUAAUGUUGAAGGAAGAGAAUUUUGAAGACUCAUUUCUUUGUGUGACACAACCUUAAAGGGACCGACAACCAAUUUUUCUCCACCCAGUUUUUAUGGCGCAAUAGAAAGCUCACCCUUUGUAGUGUUUGUAGCUGCAGCAGUUAAGCCUAAAAGCGCGUGGUUAUCUCAUUAGCAGUAUUUUUCAAUCUCAAAAAUCCCUCAACUGUACGUACGCGUCCUCCAGCAACACUGUGAAGCGAUAGCGAUAGCUCUCCUCGCAUUAUGCUCAAGGUCUUUCUUUCACAGGAGUGGGUGAAAUUGUGGUUAACCACCUUCAUGUUGACAUUUUCAACCGUUUUGGAAUAUAAGAAGCAGGUAGAGUAAGUUUUCCAGACGCUCGUCGUCACGUGAGAUCUCUUUACUGCCUCGCGAGUGAGGCGCUCGUGGCCUCCACGAUUAGUACCGGGAACACAUCGCCCGAGGUAAUCUCGGAGGCCGUGAGGCACUCUUUGUACUUUUCCAACACGUCGGCAGGUGCCGCUAGGCCCUCGGCUAACAACUUUUAUGCUGCCACUCACGAGCGUCGGGUCAUACGUCAAAUCGAAGGCGGCGCCACUGUUCUGCUCAGUGCUAACGAAUGCAUAUCUGCACGUGUUACAUUUGCAAAGAUUAUAAUGAAAAGUGUGCUGUAUUUCAACACUAAUAUAUAGACACAAUUAAUAGCGUACACCAGUAAAAGGUCACGUGAUAGGUACAUGUGCACUAGUACGGAAAGCCGAGCUAGUUGGUACGAAUUCAUAGUGCAAUAGCGCAAAAAACACAGGGACACAGGCAAGAGAGACGAUUUAAUUUUUUGCUGCCAGAGACAUCAAAAGUAAUUUUGAGUAAAGAAAUAAAAAUAUAAAACCACGUUUAGUGAGAAAAACAAGGUUUGUUUCAGACAAUACAAUAGACAAUCCUUCUAUCAGUGGGGUUAUCUCAGUUCGUGUUCUGAGCGGUUGUCGGUCCCUUUAAUGAAAACCAGCCAACAAUAAAGCCAAGGAAAGUAUAGGAGACUGUAAUUGUACUGCUUUAAGCGUGUUGUAGUGAUUGUAAUAUAGAGGUGAAGGAAGUAAAGGGGACCGAACCUGCAACCUUGGAAUCUGAAGGUUGCAGGUUCGGUCCCUGCCGGUGGCACGUUAUUUUCUUCACAACUAUAUUACAAUUACUACAACACGCUUAAAGAAGUAUAAUUAACGUGCAAAUGAGCAAGUUAAUUCACAUGCAAAUUAGCAAUACUAAGUAGGCUGAAAUUUCAUUUGAACAGCUGAUGUUUCCUGUGAUCUACAACAUAGCUGUUUGAAUUCAGUGAACUUUCACUUAAAACAAACUUUUUCCUGGGGUCCCUUCAAGUUCUUUCAAGUGAACUUUCAAAACUAUGCAUUUUGGUUGGCAUUCAUGCCUAUUCAUAUGCUAUCCAUAAGCUUUCAUGCAUGUUGCUGCAGGGGCUUUGGUUUUAUCUAGUAGUGUACAUGAAGAUUCUAUUGAAUGGCAUACCUUGAUGAGAUGAGACUGAAAUUGAAACGGUCUUUGUUUCCCUUGAAACUGUGAUUUAUUGUUGAAUCUGUUCAUGUUGCUUCAGAUGGCUUUAUACCAGUAUUGGUUUUAUGCGUUAGACGGGACUUCACUGCAUUGCUUGUUUUUGACCAUUCCACGAUCUGUCUUUGAUCUUCUGAUACGGGCACUGCGUGCAAGAGAAAAGAAUGUGCCUUUGCUAUGACAAGUCUUCAAUAUUCCAUUUUUGUACAUGAAGGUAGCACCAUUGUUCUUGAUGCUAGUGUAUUGUUUGAAGCACCAUCUAUGGCCAGGCUACACAGUCACGUCAGACAAAACUUUACCAUUAAGCAAGAGAUGCACUUAGCUUUUUUUAAACCCAAUGGAAUCUUGUUGGAUGCAGCUGUUGAUACUGCAGUUUUGCACCUCAGACUGCUUGCAAAAUAGCAAGACGCUUUAUGUAUCAGAUUUUGCUUGCCUUGCAGACUAUACAAUUUUCUACUGUGAGGUUGUGUGCCUUUUUCGUUAGGCUGUCUUAGUGUAUUGUAUAAUAUACUGUGUCUAUUGUAAGUGAGGUGUUCAACUACUAUUGUCAUGGAAUUGCUCAAUUGUGUGAGUGCCCAACAGCUUGCCAAGCACUGUGCAUACUUGAGAAGUUGAAGGAGUUGAAUCUUUUUCAGCACAUGCAAAUGGACCGCACUUCAGAAAUCACAAAAGAAACCCUAGGGCACCUGUGGUUGGCAUUGGAUAUUCACGUAUCAAAUAUGCCCGUAAUUUGGGUGCGUCAUUCUUUUUUGAUGUGUUAUGGUAACUUUGAUAAUGCCAACUUUUCCUGUUUGUAUGUAAACUUGCCUGUCCAUUUGCUUCAUACAGAGGAAUAAAUGACUUUAAAUGGGC